CGCGGGGGGCGGGCGGCGCGGAGGCGGCGGUGGCCAUGGCCGAGGCGUCGUCGCAGCCCGGACGGUUCUUCUGCCACUGCUGCUCGGUGGAGAUCGUGCCGCGCCUGCCGGAUUACAUCUGCCCGAGGUGCGAGUCUGGUUUCAUUGAGGAGCUUCCAGAAGAGACCAGGAACACAGAAAACAAUUCUGCCCCCUCCACAGCCCCCACCGACCAGAGCCGGCAGCCCUUUGAGAACGUCGACCAGCACCUGUUCACGCUGCCACAGGGCUAUGGUCAGUUUGCUUUCGGAAUCUUUGAUGACAGCUUCGAGAUCCCCACGUUCCCCCCUGGGACACAGGCUGAUGAUGGCAGGGACCCCGAGAGCCGACGGGAGAGAGAGCACCCGUCCCGGCAUCGGUACGGUGCCCGGCAGCCCCGCGCCCGCCUCACCGCCCGGCGGGCCACCGGCCGGCAUGAAGGCGUCCCCACGCUGGAAGGGAUCAUCCAGCAGUUGGUGAACGGUAUCAUCACCCCAGCUGCCAUCCCUAGCCUGGGCCUGGGACCCUGGGGCGUCUUGCACUCGAACCCAAUGGAUUAUGCAUGGGGGGCCAAUGGACUGGAUGCCAUCAUCACACAGCUCCUCAAUCAGUUUGAGAACACAGGCCCCCCACCUGCAGACAAGGAGAAAAUUCAGGCCCUCCCCACCGUCCCCGUCACUGAGGAGCACGUAGGCUCUGGGCUGGAGUGUCCCGUGUGCAAGGAUGACUAUGCACUGGGUGAGAGUGUGCGGCAGCUGCCCUGCAACCACCUCUUCCACGAUGGCUGCAUUGUGCCCUGGCUGGAACAGCAUGACAGCUGCCCUGUCUGCCGGAAAAGCCUCACAGGACAGAACACGGCCACCAACCCCCCGGGCCUAACUGGGGUGGGUUUUUCCUCGUCAUCGUCAUCGUCAUCCUCCAGCUCGCCCAGCAACGAGAAUGCCACGAGCAACUCCUGAGGCCUGCCUGCCCGCCUGGGGCUCGGUCCUUCCACCCGCCAAGGCCGUGGACUAGAGGUGCUGUCACCCGUCACUGGCAGUGCCCACUGGGCCCCAGGCUGUGGCCAGGCUCUGGAUUCGGCCCGCAGCUGCUGGAGGGGCGUCUGUCCCAGCUGCUCCUGGCUCGAAGGGGCUUGGGCCCCACGUCCCUGGCAGGCGCCUCCGUCCGUCUCCAACCUCACCCUCCAAUGUUCAACGGCAGAAAGGUUUUUAUGAUUUUAAAUUAUUACUGCUUUGAAAUAAACGGACGUUUGAGCCACGCACGGCCACACAUGAUCUGUGGAGAGGACCAGCCGGCCACAUGCCCCUGGGAGGAUGGGCACAGCCAGCGCCGGCCUCGGGACCACAAGGGGGACCAGCAGACCCAAGAACAAACUGCUCCAACAGGACAGACGUUCUACAGGGAAAGUGUGUGUCUGGAAAGAUUUAAUACACCCACUGAGAAGCAGA